ACUGAACAUUUUGACAAGUUUCCAUCUGGCCAGGAUCUCUGUUCCCUCGUAGCCCUGUCCCUAAGGUAGAUCUACAUAGACAGCACACACGCAGGUACACACUUGCAUCUGCAUCGAAUUAUACAACAACCACCAUUUUGUGCGAUCCCACAGGUGGCCAGAAAAGACAUUGCGGGAACAGUCCGUCCCUAUCCCUGCCGGAUCUUUCAAUUCCGACUUUGUCGAAUCAAGGCGUGGUGGUCCUCCGAUCCCGCAGGACCACGCAACCACAACCACGGCGUUAUAUCUAGUUUCCGGCUACACGGUUAGCUUCCACGGGAGGGCAAGUCAACGUCGGACUUCACAGGUCUAAAAGACAUAUCAUUGUCAUUGGACCCAGACCACAUCGCAACUUAUCAGAGACAAUCUGAUUGACUUGUUUCCUCAAUCUGAUCUUGUCUAUUCAUUUGGUUCCUUGAAUUUCCCUCCACAAUGGCAGACACAAGGAUAGCAAUCAUUGGUGCCGGAAUGGGCGGCCUCGCCAGCGCGCUCGCGCUCGCCAAAGCCGGCCACAAGAACAUCACGAUCUACGAGACGGCACCGGGACUCGGCUUCGUGGGCGCUGGGAUCCAGCUCGCGCCCAACAUGGCGCGGAUCCUGGACCGGCUCGACUGCUGGAAGGCGAUCGCGGCCGAGGCGGUGCAGUGCAGCGAGACGAGCAUCCGCGAGGGGUCGUCCGACAAGGAGCUCGGGCACGUGAGGCUCGACUACGUGGAGAAGACGUACGGGUACCCGCACAUGGUGGGCCACCGCGCGAGCCUCGCGGGCUCCAUGUACGAGAAGUGUCAGCAGGAGCCUGGGAUCACGUUUAGCCUGGGCAGCGUGGUGUCUGACAUCCAGUUCACGCCGAAGCCGAGUUUCUUGAUUUCCCCCGUUGCGCCGACAGUGUUCGAGCCGCGAAGGGUGGAUGCAGAUGUCGUCCUUGGCUGUGAUGGAGUGAAGAGCCAGACGAGAGUCGCGAUGCUGAAAGAGCUCAACGAGACGGCUGAGGCCAAGGACUCCGGCCAGGCGGCCUACCGCAUCAUGCUCACGCGCGACCAGAUGGAGCACGAUCCCGAGCUCCUCCGCCUCAUCGACUCGGACGUCGUGACCCGCUGGAUAGGAGAGAAGCGCCACAUCAUCGCGUACCCUAUCCACAACAAGACAAUCUACAACAUCUCGACCGCGCAGCCGGACGUCAACUUUGCCGCCGCGCCCAGUGCGACGUACACGACCAAGGGCUCCAAAUCCGCCAUGCUCGACGUCUACAAGGACUUCUGCCCCAUGAUCCAAAGGAUGCUGGAUCUGGUUCCCGAAGGCGAGGUUGUCGAGUGGAAACUCCGCGUCCACGAGCCCCUGAGUACGUGGGUGCAUGGAACGACUGCCUUGGUAGGCGACGCCUGCCAUCCGACGUUACCGCAUUUGGCACAGGGAGCAGCGCAGGCAAUUGAGGAUGCGGCAGUCCUGGGCGUCACGCUGGCACCAAAACGCAUUGCCGACGGCUCGCCGGAGACUAUCAACAGGGCGCUCAAGAUCUACGAGAAGGUGCGCAAGGAUCGAGCGGAGGCUCUGGUCGAGCUGGCAGCUGAGAAUGGUCGGAGCAUGCAUCUUGGUGCUGGGAAGGCGAAGGAGGAGCGAGAUAAGAUCUUUGCUGCACUUAAGACAGGGAAAGGUCCGGUGCCGGAUAAGUGGGCGGAUGCGGAUGUGCAGAAGAUGAUAUACGGAUUGGAUGUCGUGGAAGAGGCGGAAAAAGCGUGUAAAGAGGAAGGCUUUCUGGCCAAGUUGUAAGUUUUCACACCAGCAUGAAUGGAAUUUCCAUGCGGACUCUGGUAUGAAUAAUGAGUUGCAUC